AUGGCAGUCAUUUCUACCCCUAUCACCGAGAUGUUCGGUAUCAAGCACCCGAUCAUGCUUGCCGGCAUGAACGUCGCCGCGGGUCCUGAACUCGCUGCUGCCGUGUCGAACGCUGGUGGUUUGGGCGUCAUCGGUGGCCUGGGCUACACCCCCAAGCACCUCCGCAACUCGAUCCGCGAGCUCAAAUCCGCCCUCACCUCUCCCGACCUCCCCUUCGGCGUCGACCUCCUCAUUCCCCAAGUAGGCGGAAACGCCCGCAAGACCAAUUACGACUACACCAAGGGCGGGCUGAACGACCUGAUCGAUGUGAUUAUUGAGGAGAAGACCAAGCUGUUUGUGUGUGCCGUAGGGGUGCCGCCCAAGGAGGUUGUGGACAAGUUGCACAAGGCGGGGAUCCUGUGUAUGAACAUGGUCGGCGCGCCCAAGCACGUCAAGAAGGCUUUGGACGUCGGUAUGGACAUUAUCUGCGCCCAGGGCGGGGAAGGCGGAGGUCACACUGGUACCACGGCCACUUCGAUUCUCAUCCCUGCAUGUGUCGACGCGUGCAAGGGCAAGAAGUCGCCUUUGACCGGCGGUCCCGUCCACGUGAUCGCCGCCGGAGGUAUCUACGACGGCCGAGGACUCGCCGCCAUGCUCAUGUUUGGUGCGCAGGGUGUAUGGGUUGGGACCCGAUUCGUGGCGAGUACCGAGGCUGCCGCGCCUAAGAAGCACAAGGAUCUGAUCGUCUCUGCCGACCACGGUGAUGCCGGAACGACCCUGAUCUACACUGGACGGCCAUUGAGGGUCAGGCAGACCGACUACGUCAAGGAGUGGAAUGGUCGCCAGGAGGAGAUCAAAUCCCUCACGUCCCAAGGCAAGAUCCCACACGACGUGGAGCUCGGCAAGCACCCCGAAAAGUCCAUGUCGGGCAAGUCUUGGUUGAUGGGUGAUGUCAGCGCGAUGAUCAAGGACGUCAAGCCGGCCAAGGAGAUUAUCGACGAGAUGGUCAAUGACGCCAAGAAGUGUUUGGAGAAUGGGUCCAAGAUCGCCUCAGGCGGUGGUGCGCCCCGGGCCAAGUUGUAG